UCCCGGCUAAGGCAACUCCCGGGACCGCGAAGGGCGCCGUGAUUCCUUCAGGCAAGUGACUGUCGCGGGUGGGGGUGGGGAAGUGCGCGGGAAGGGGAGAAGGACGGACUGGAGCGCAUCUGACCACCACCUGUCAGAACCUGCGGAGGAUCCUGGCGCCCCUUUGGAUCGCAGCAUCUCGCUUUGGAAGGGUGCGAGCAGUUUUGGAGACGCGGACUCAAAAAAGUGGGCUUUUUCUUACACGGAACAAGAGAGGGGCCCAAAAAAGCGAGGGGUACAAAUCUGUCCUCUUCUCCACCCACCCGCUUCUGAACCUCCAGCAACGUUUCCUGCAGGGUGGCUGCACUUUCCUCCGGCUUCUCUCGGCUGCUCGGAUCAUGUCCGCUAAGCUUCUAGUGGUCUUCUUCCUCCUCUCCGUUUUCCAAGCCUGCUCAAGAAAGGUGGAAGAGGAUGACUUUGAUGAUUUUACAACAAACCAAAAAUGGGUAAUGUCUCCAAAAUCUCAUGAUACUGAUGUGACACUGUUGUUAAACAGGUUACUGAGAGAAUAUGAUAAAAAGCUGCGACCCGAUAUUGGAACGAAACCCACAGUCAUUGAUGUUGACAUCUAUGUUAAUAGCAUUGGCCCCGUGUCAUCAAUAAAUAUGGAAUACCAAAUUGAUAUUUUUUUUGCUCAGACAUGGACUGACAGCCGCCUUCGUUUCAACAGCACCAUGAAAAAAAGUAUCACUCUCAACAGCAAUAUGGUUGGGUUAAUUUGGAUCCCAGAUACUAUUUUUAGGAAUUCUAAAACUGCAGAAGCUCACUGGAUUACCACACCCAAUCAGCUCCUAAGAAUAUGGAAUGAUGGGAAAAUCCUAUAUACUUUAAGGCUCACCAUCAAUGCCGAAUGCCAGCUGCAGCUACAUAAUUUUCCCAUGGAUAAACAUUCAUGCCCGCUGAUAUUCUCCAGCUAUGGCUAUCCACAAGAAGAAAUGGUUUACAGAUGGAGAAAAAACUCAGUAGAAGCUGCAGAUCAGAAAUCUUGGAGACUUUAUCAGUUUGACUUCAUGGGACUCAGAAAUACUUCUGAUAUUGUGCAAACAUCAGCAGGUGAUUAUAUAGUCAUGACUAUAUACUUCGAGUUAAGUAGAAGAAUGGGAUACUUCACUAUUCAAACAUAUAUUCCCUGUAUAUUAACUGUUGUCCUAUCCUGGGUAUCAUUUUGGAUUAAGAAAGAUGCUACACCAGCAAGAACAGCCCUAGGUAUCACCACAGUAUUAACCAUGACAACGCUGAGCACCAUUGCAAGAAAUUCCUUGCCGCGUGUUUCCUAUGUCACUGCAAUGGACCUUUUUGUGACCGUAUGCUUCUUAUUUGUCUUUGCCGCUUUGAUGGAGUAUGCAACCCUGAACUACUACUCAAGUUGCAGGAAGCCACACUGUACAAAAAAGAAAAAGUCGCUGCCUGAUGUCAGCUUUGGUCACAUGAUGAAUUACUCUGUGUUAGAGAUGAGACCUCCCCCUACAGUCAUCGCACUGAACAAUGCCAUGUACUGGCAAGAAUUUGAAGACAAUUGUAUCUAUGAGUGUCUGGAUGGGAAAGACUGUCAGAGUUUUUUCUGCUGUUACGAAGAAUGCAAAUCAGGUUCCUGGAGGAAAGGGCGGAUACACAUAGACAUCUUAGAACUCGACUCUUAUUCCAGAGUCUUUUUUCCCACGUCGUUCCUGCUUUUUAACCUGGUCUACUGGGUUGGAUACCUCUAUCUCUAGAAACAGUGAAGAAAACUGUGUUUUUCUUAUUUCUUUGGGAUGGGGAAUAUGUGGAAAGACAGAUCCAGAAUGGUUUCAUUGGAAAGCUGAAAGAUCACCUUACUUUUUCUCAUUCAAGAAAAAGCCGUUUUUAUUGAUUGUUUUGUCUAAAAGGAAAAAAAGUCACUUAUUUGAGGUUUUUUGCUAACUACAUCUGACACGAUCAUGUAACAAUGUUUAUCUUAAUUGUUCUCAUACAAUGGAGAAAUUGCUGUUUUCUUUGGGUUACAGUUAACUAUGUAGCAUACAGAUAAGCAAGAUAGGGAUGUUUCGAAUAGUCAUUCUUACGUUACUUCUGUCUUUUAAACUUGUUUUGGAAGCAAAUUUGUAUUGGUACAAGUUCUCCACAACUUUGUUUUGAGGAGGAUCUGAGUUCAAGGAAAAGUCUCUCUCUCUCUCAUUCACUUCACAGGUUUCAGGAUGUUCUCUCUGGUCUUCUUCUGAGAUGAAAAGGCAUGAUUUCAAAAAAAAAUCUUUACGUUUGUUUUUCACAAAAUUGUUGGGUUUUUUUUGUUUUUUUAAACACAGAGUUUAAUAUUCCACAUAUUGGGCAAAUACUUCAAGAAACCAAUUUAUUUCUGGAAUAAUACUCUUGCAAUGCUUACUUUGCUUUUGGUACUGUGUAAGAUGACUUCCUAUGUAAUAGUAGUGGAAAGGUAUGAUUCAUUCCAAGCUAGGUUAAUUUCUUCCAUACUUUACUAUUUGUUUUCACUGAUAUUUUCAGGGUGAAUAAGCCCUCUAGUUCCAGCCUGAAUAAGAUCUACUGUAUCUGUGCUAAUUAAAAUCCAUGUGCCUCAAUCACUGUUCUGUGUAGGUUAAAUUGCACAUCCUAUUGUUGCACCAUUUGACUUGUGAACUGGAUUCUUCCAUUUAAAUGACUGCAGAAGUGCUUGUUGUUAGUAUCUUCGCCUGGUAAAUUAUCUUUGGAUUGGCACAACAGUGGCUUUUGUUCUUACCAGAUCUAUAGGAGCCUUAAGGAUGGCAAGAAGAUGAGAUAUUGGGAGUUCAGUUAAAAAAUGUAGUGAUGCAGAAUCACUAGGACUUUUUUUUUAACUAGGAGAUUUUAAACUGGAAAUGUAUUUUGUACUUUUGGAACACAUUUCAGAUAUUAAAUUCCUGAAAAUAAUACAUUCUUCUCUGGUGUAAAAUAUUCAUUAUAGACAAACCCAAUUCUAGAAGGCUAAUGUAAAUGUCUCAAUGGUUAUUUAUUGAUUUGAUUAUUUACUUAUUUAUUUAUUUAUUUAUUUAUUUAUUUAUUUAUU